AUGCUGGACGCCGUGAAGAUGGGGCAGCCGCUUUCGCCGAGGAUCCCGCUCUCCUCAUCCUCCUCCUCCUCCUCUUCCUCGCUGGGGCGCGCGGCGUGCGCGGGCUGCGGGGGCCUCAUCGCCGAGCGCUUCCUGCUGAGCCUCGACGACGGCCUGUGGCACGAGCGCUGCGUCCGCUGCGCCUCCUGCCGCGAGCCCCUUCGCAGCACCUGCUUCUCCCGCGACCGGAAGCUCUACUGCCGCCUCGACUACCACAAGCUCUUUGCAGUGAAGUGCAGCAACUGCUUUGAAGCAAUUUCCCCCAGUCAAUUCGUCAUGCGAGCCCAGAAAAAUGUGUAUCACGUCGCCUGCUUCUGCUGUGGUGUUUGUGAGAAACAGCUUCAGAAGGGGGAUGAAUUUGUACUGAAGGAGGGGCAACUACUAUGCAACAGUGACUAUGAGAAGGAGUGUGAACUGCUCAGUCUAGUGAGCCCAGCUGCAUCUGAUCCAGGUAAAAGUGGUGAUGUAGAGAACCUGUGCAAAAUGGAAGAAAAAACCAGGAAUGUUUCUGAGGACACCAAGGAUCACAAGCGACCCAAGCGACCUCGGACAAUCCUGACAACACAACAGCGGCGGGCAUUCAAGGCAUCAUUUGAAGUGUCUUCUAAACCAUGUAGGAAGGUAAGGGAAACACUGGCAGCUGAGACUGGCUUGAGUGUCCGAGUUGUACAAGUCUGGUUCCAAAAUCAAAGAGCUAAGAUUAAGAAGCUAGCAAGACGGCAACAGCAACAGCAACAAGAUCAACAAAGCACACAGAGGCUCAACUCUGUCCAGACAAACAAUGGCAGCAGCAAUGGCCUUGAGGGAAUCGGGAACUCAUACAGUACAUUGCAACUAUCCUCACAGCAAAUGUUGGUGUUUGAUCAAAGCAUCUACAACACAGAUACCUUUCAGCAAGGGCUCACUCCACCACAAAUGCCAGGAGACCACAUGAAUCCUUAUGGUUCUGAACCUCUUUUCUAUGAGCCAGACAGUGAUGACAUCAGCAACUUGGAUGAAUGCUUCUCAGAAUCAGCUACAGAAUCGGGAGCCUUACAGUCACGAGUGGGGAACCCCAUUGACCAGCUGUACUCCAUGCAGAGCUCCUACUUCACAACUUGAGACUCUUGAAGCCCCAAACAGACCCAAUACUGAGUUCAGUGCAGAUGUCAAGUAGAGAAAAGACUACAAUUA